CCCACAGUAUUUAAACUGGUGCAAAGGGAACACACUGGCAAGUGUCUUCUGUUGACAUGACAGAUUCUCCUGGUAAUUCACACAAUGUUCAAAAGGCACAAGCCCCUUGCUUCAGAACGCAAGAGAGAAAUAUUUUCCCGAGGAGCUACACGGUCCAUCCUGAAGAAUGACUUGAGAAACUUCCACUGUUUGUCGCAUUUUGUGCUCUCAGCGGGCCCUCUAAAAUCAAUUCCAGUAGUUAAACAUUCAAAAACUACGCACUUUGAGAUUGAAGUACUUGAUGCUCAAACAAGAAAGCAGAUAUGUAUUGUGGAUAAGGUGAUACAAACAUCUACUAUUCAUGAUGUUAAACAAAAAUUCCACAAAGCAUGUCCGAAGUGGUACCCUUCUAGAGUUGGCCUGCAGCUAGAACGAGGUGGGCCCUUUUUGAAGGACUACAUAACCAUUCAAAGCAUUGCAACUUCCUCCAUUGUCACUCUCUAUUUUACAGACCUAGGUCAACAGGUCAGUUGGACUACAGUAUUUUUGGCUGAAUACACAGGACCUUUGCUGAUAUAUCUCCUCUUUUAUUUGAGGAUCCCAUACAUAUAUGACAUGAAAGAGAGCUCUAGAAGAUUGCGCCACCCAGUGGUACAUGUGGCUUGCUUCUGUCAUUGUAUACACUAUAUCCGCCAUCUUUUGGAAACCUUAUUUGUCCAUAAAGUUUCUGCAGGACAUACACCUUUGAAAAAUUUGAUAAAGGGCUGUGCCUUUUAUUGGGGAUUUACUUCUUGGAUUGCCUACUAUAUUAAUCACCCACAGUAUACACCACCAUCAUUUGGAAACCGGCAAGUCACAAUAUCUGCUAUCAAUUUUUUGAUUUGUGAAGCUGGAAAUCAUUUCAUCAAUGUAAUUUUGUCUCAUCCUAAUCACACAGGAGUUAAUGCCUGUUUUCCAAGUCCAAAUUAUAACCCCUUCACAUGGAUGUUUUUUCUGGUUUCAUGUCCUAACUACACCUAUGAGAUUGGAUCAUGGAUUAGUUUCACUGUCAUGACACAAACACUGCCAGUUGGGAUUUUUACACUUCUGAUGAGUAUCCAGAUGUCUUUGUGGGCACAAAAGAAGCAUAAGAUUUAUUUGAAGAAAUUCAAUUCUUAUAUGCAUAGAAAAUCAGCCAUGAUUCCAUUCAUACUGUAGUAAAAAUAACUUAUCUCAUGUAUAUAAAAAUAGUAUAUAAAUUCACUAAAUCAAACUUGGUCAAUAGUUGACUAUUAUGUAACAGAAAUUCAAAACAAACAGUACUUUUAUUGAAUAAAAAUAUUAAAUGGUAGAUUCUAGCUAACUUUAGAGUAGUAAACGAGGCAAAUAAAAAGUAGAAACUGUAGAUACAACUAAUAAAAGAUACAUCCAAAUAUUUUCAA